UGAUUGGUCACAACCUUAUCACGCCGGGAGAAAAGUGCUGCAGAUGCAUGUAACAUUUCUGGCAGACGAGGAAGGAGGUAGAGUAAUAUUUAGGUAGAGUUAAUCAGUCAGUGGUAUCAUCAUGGCAGGGCGUGGGCGUGGCGCGAGGAUGAAGAAAUUACAUGGAGGGAGUCUGGAAAAACCCAGACCACUGAAGAUACAGCAAGAUACUGCAGUGUUGUCCAGUCUGAGGGAGGCAGAACAGAUUGUGUAUAAACUGUCAGACAGAAAGGCAUCACUUCAGGAGGUCAGCAACCUGUGCUCCACCUUGAAGAGGCAUGGGAAGGAACUGGAGACCAGGAAUGAGGCUACCCUCAACCUGAUAUUCAACACAAUACGUCAGGCUGCGAAGGACCAGUGUCUCAGCUCUCAGGCCAGAGUGUUAGUUAUGGACGUGCUGGAGGCCAGGGCCAGGAAGUGGGCUGGGCCAGACCAUGUCACCCAGGGACACUAUAGCAAGAAGCAACAGGAGAUGGCUCUCAGACAGAAAAUUCCAGACCCAAGUGUGGCAGGCUCCGCCCACAUCCCACCUGUCAUCAGUCAUGUGAGACCAUCUCUCCAAUCAACUGUCAAUGUGGAUAAGUCAGUCAUCCAACUGUCCAGCUCAAGAUAUCCAGACCAAUCAGCCAAUGAUCAUGUGAAGUCUUCUGUCCAGUUAGCAUUUAACAGAGCAGGUUCCCCUGUCCAGUCGGCUGUCAGUGGGACAGUAUCACCUGUCCAAUCAGCAGCAGUGUCUCAUGGAGAUGAUCAGCAAAUGAAAUCCAGAAAUAGAAGUGGGAGCCCUGGCACGGCUUUGAGGCAGAAAUACAGUAGCCCUAAGAAAAAGCCAGACAAGGAUGAGUAUGUUUUUGACAUUGGAAUUCCAUACCAGCAGUGUGGAAAAGUAAUUGGAGUUGCAGGAGCGAGAAUCAAGCUGAUAGAGGGUGCCACUGAUACAAUUAUUUCCAUUACAAAGUGUCAAGAUAGAAUCGAAAGAGAUGCCAUCAUCACUGCCAAGACCAAAGAAGACAUUCUUGAUGCGGUGGAGUUGAUAGAGAAACUGGUGGCCAUGGAUUAUAAUGACAUUGAUGCAUAUAGGAUGAUUCAAGAAGCUCAGGACAAGAGGUUUGUUUCAGGAGCAAAGAAAAACCUGCAAACAGCCUUAGAUGAUGUCAGUAACCAGCUCACUGAAGGGAACUUGCGUUCCCGCAAUCUCUCUCUCUCCUCAAGGUCGCGCUCUCCAAGUUUUACUGGAAGCCUCACGCCUUCCCCAACCCCCGAUCUUAAUAGUAACUAUAUUGUGACUAAGGACAUGAGGAGUCAUACCCCUGAGCCUAAGAAUGGAAUAAUCGGGCAUUUGCCAUGUGGUGACAGCACUAAAGAGAUACUGGCAGAUGAGACAAAGAUUUACAGCUUACAAGUUAACCUAGAUCAAGGUCAGCUGACAUUAUCUGGGGAGAACCUGUCAUUACUGGAGGAGGCAAAGAAUGUCAUAGGAAAUCAUUUUAGGCGGCUGCAUCAGGUAGGAGAUGGCAUACACAACAACCCAAGUGUGAUAACAGACAAACAACAGGAGUCCUCGGUCAAGGAAACAUUACCAGUUGUCAAGGCAACAGAACCAGUUGUCAAGGCAACAGAACCAGUGGUCAGGGCAACGGAACCAUCUUUCAAGCAACCCGCACCUAUGUCUGGAACAAUUCACCAAAGAAAUCCCAGUCUUACAACAGGAGAAUUUUACAGAGGACAGGAUGAUUUGAACUGGGAAGAUCUGGACAGUGUUACACCAUUUGUGUUUGGCAAAGACCAGUUCAAGGUAACAUCAGUUUCCAUCAACCACAAGCGGGCCAUCAUUCCCACAGAGGAGGAAAUCGGUCUGAAUGAAAAAAUCAAAGUUCCCAAAGCUAACUGUCAAAGGAAAAAGAUGGCUGUUACAAGUAAUUUUCAAGUCUUUAAGCCUCCUAACGACCCUGCUUCACUGAAGGUCAAUCAACUGUCCUUCAAGUUUGGAGAGAUGAGUGCUAAGGCUCUUAACAUGUUUGCCCCAAAUAUCAAAUGCUUAGAGAUGGCUCUUAUUCACGGAGAGGACUGGAAGAGUGGGUAUUUGAAGGAGGAGACUCGGGGUGAUGUGGGUGGGGUUACCAUUAGCGACAGCCUUGUGGGCGGGGUUCCUGCCAAUAGCAGCAAUGCCAAAGAAAAUGUUGCCAGUACGGAUGUCGGCCAUACUUCUCAGGAUGCACAGUCUUGUGAGCUUAAACCUCAAGAAGGCAAAGUCAAGAACAAUACAGAUAUUGCUAGUGAAAAAGUGUUUGACAGUUCUGAAAUGGCCAAAGCAGUAUGUAUUUCUGAAACACAGUUACAUCGUACUCCAGGAAAGUGUUUUGAGAAAUCUGUGUGCGACACAAAUGAUUGUGUCAAAACUGAAGAAAAGGCGAUUGACAGUAUGGAAAAUGUCCCAGUGGAAUUGAAUGACGGCUCUCUGACAAAUCUGGAGUCUGUGGCAGAGAUCAGUACCGUCACCACUCCCCAAAAGGUGAUUGACGUCUGUCAGGUCACACCAAAAGACAACAUUGAAACCAUUUUUGAAAACAAAGCUGACAGCUCUUGUUCUGGUCCUGAAAAAGAGAAUGAUAGCUUUGGUUCCACCCCAGAAAAACAGAUGGACAUCAUGGAAACCACCAUUGAAAAUGGGCUGGAUAGCUUUGAUCCCACUCCUGAAAAAGAGAUUGACAGUGAAGAAAUUGCCCUUGAACAUGAGAUUGAUAGCACUGUGAUGUUUGAAAGCGACUCAGCAUCUGAAGAAGCUUGUAAUGAUGAAGAAGAUGAUGGUGAUGUUUUAAAGGCAGAAUCAAGUGUGGUAGAUACAAAGUCUGCAGGAAAAGCAGGUUCCCGUGUGGUGAUGGGUGGUAGGAUAUCAUCAGGAAAUGUGGCCGUCAGACCACCACUGUUCCCAGACAGUAGCCCUGGAUCAGUGGAGCGGGCAGUGGCACAGAUGACCACUGGCUGUCAGGGCUCCAUCGUCCGCAGAGAGAACUUUGCCAGGGCUGCUAGGAAGUUGUAUGGGGAGCAAGGAAAAGGGUCUGUUUUCCUGGUAAAGAAAGAAACGAACUAUUCCAGGGAAUUUUUGAUGGAACUGUCCAGAAGUCCACUGGCACAGGGGGAGCCACAGGACUGGUGGCUUCUCAAGAGGAUCCUGCCGGAUAUAUGUUUUUAACCAGGCAACUCCAGAAGUGUCUUUAGGAAGCGUUGGCAAAUCCCAACGUAUUUGUAUGGACCAGGCCAAGAAGUUGAAAUGGUUGAACUUUGACUGCAGAGAGAUUUAUUAGUUCAAGCUGCAGUGAAGAGCCAACAUAGACAUGUUCACAAGGAGCUCUGCUGCCAUCAUACUGUUUAUGCCAUGAAGGUAUUUUAAAGAAAUGGAAUUUGCCAGAAGCCUGUUCUGAUUUUUAAGAGCACCACAAGGUACAAUUUCGAAAAUCAUCUGUUUUUGACACUAUUGGCAGCAGAAUUUGGAUCUAUGUGGGGGCUUUUAUAAAGGAUUUGAUUAAUGAAGAAUACUUAACUGCAUGGGUAAGCAGUGGAUUCUGAGAUUUAUGAAUGCCAUUUGUGAUGCCAUAGGGAUGUUUUACUAUCAGUUGUUAGUUGUUUUACCUCAGAUUAUGCCAUACAAAGUCAGAUAAUGCCAUACAAAGUCACAAUGCUGGACGUUAGGCAGUUUUGAGUAUCCUUCUACUGCCGUCCCAACCCAUGUUAAGUUAACUUUAAAACUUAAGAAGUGUUAUGAUUUACAGUAACAUUUAUGUAACAUUUUGGACUGUACAGAUCUCAACUGGUGGUGCUAUUUAUUUUUCACUUUCAAAGUUUUUUUACAUCAACAUUAUUUUAGAGGGGAAGCUCCAACUUUAAAAAAUAACUUAUUUUACCUAUCACACAGAUGUAAACUGUGCUGAUUUGGUUUCAUGUCAUAAUUACUUGUGGACUUCUUUUGUGGUGAGAGCCUCUUUCCACAUUCGUAUAGUAAAUGGCAUUAUUUUUUAAA